AUGGAUUCCUUUCUUGCGCAAGAACUGGUGAAUCUGAUCAAUUUGGAGGUUCUUGAUUUGAGUGUGAAUCAGCAGCUUAGUGGCUCGAAUUUAUUGCAAGGGUUUUGUGAACUGAAGAACCUCCAAGAGUUGAAUAUUGGUUACAACAACUUUGGAGUAACUACUAGUACUGUACCUCCAUGUUUCAACAACUUGACAUUUCUUAGAAGGAUAGAUAUCUCCAGUAAUCAAUUUAAAGGAAACAUUCCAUCUUUCAUAACUAGUCUUACAUCACUGGAGCACAUCCUUCUUAGUGAUAAUGAAUUUUCGGGUUCAUUCUCACUCAGCAACUUUGUCAACCAUUCCAAGCUACAAGUCAUUGACCUUGGAGACAACAGGCUACAAGUAGAAGAAGAACAUCCACAUGCGACUCCUACCUUUCAGUUGAAAGAGCUGUAUUUAAGAAAUUGUACUCUUCACUCCGGUGUUGUUCCAAGAUUUCUCUAUAAUCAAUAUGACUUACGAGUGCUUGAUCUCUCCUAUACCAACUUAAAGGGAACAAUCCCCACCUGGAUUUUGAAGAACAAUACCAUGUUGGAACAACUACACCUGAAGAAAAACUGGCUAAUUGGCCAUUUUCAUCUUCUAUCUCGUUAUCCCAAGCUAAUUGCUGCAGAUAUCUCCGACAACAGCAUUGAUGGGCAGCUUCAACAAAAUAUCGGUGAGGUGCUUCCAAACCUGUUAUUUUUAAAUUUAUCAGCAAACUCUAUUGAUGGUGGCAUUCCUCCCUCAAUUGGUGACAUGAGAAAAUUGGCGACUCUAGAUUUGUCUAAUAACAAUUUGACCGGAGUAAUACCAGAGCACUUGGCCAAAGGUUGCACCAUGUUAAUGGCUUUGAUACUAUCAAACAAUAGAUUGCAUGGAGAAAUAUUUCCACCGUAUUUUAAUAUGACCAGGUUACGGACGGUGAAGUUGAAUAAUAAUUCUUUCGUGGGGAAUCUGAGAGAUAAUGGAUUGUCCAACUCUGGUCAACUAAGUAUGUUGGACAUCAGAAACAACCAGAUAUCUGGUAGCAUUCCCGGCUGGAUUUCCAACUUCUCAUUUAUGGACACUCUUAUCAUGCGAGAUAAUCAUUUCCAAGGAAAAAUCCCAACUGAACUCGGACAAUUGGAAUUUCUUCAAUUUCUAGACCUUUCUGGGAACAAACUCAUGGGAGCCUUACCUUCUUCUUUCUUGAGACUACAGUAUUUAAAAUAUGUAAACUUGCAAAGAAAUGAAUUCACAGGAUCUCUGCCAGUUAAUCUUCUCAGAAAUUCAUCUUCGUCUUUGAUUGCACUGGAAAUGAGUAAUAACAACUUCUCUGGUAGUAUUCCCAGUAUGAUCAGCGAGCUUUCUGAGCUGCAUAUUCUUCUGUUGAAGGGAAAUAACUUGAAUGGUCCAAUUCCGUAUCAAUUAUGCCAGUUGAAGAAGAUAAUGUUGAUGGAUCUUUCCCAUAACACCUUUUCAGGGACAAUACCCCAAUGCUUCAGUAACAUCAACUUCGGGAGUAAAGAUGACACAGAAAAUCCAUUUCAACAGAUAGUACAAGGCUAUCGUUUGGAGAAAUUAAACAUAUUCUAUGUACAGUACUCCAUGCAAGAAGAAGUGGAUUUCACAACAAAGAGAAGGUCUGGAUCUUACAAGGGUGACAUUCUUAACUACAUGUCUGGGUUGGAUCUCUCCUGCAACCAGUUAACAGGUAAAAUCCCCAAUGAAAUAGGAAAUCUAGGUGGGAUUCGUGCAUUGAACUUCUCUCAUAACCAGCUUACCGGAUCAAUCCCGACAACCUUUUCAAAGCUAAGGAACAUAGAAAGCUUGGACCUUUCCUACAAUAAUUUGAGUGGAUCAAUUCCUUCGGAACUGACGGAGCUAAACUCUUUGGCUGUCUUCUCUGUGGCUCAUAACAAUUUAUCUGGUAAGACACCAGACUUUAAAUCACAGUUUGCGACGUUCGACAACAGCAGCUACGAAGGAAACCCUUUGCUUUGUGGACCUCCAUUACAGAAUAAAUGUACCAACAAUGGAGAAUCAUCAGACCCUGUGCCAGAAAAACCUUCAGGUGAAGAUGAGGAGAACGACAGUGGCAUUGAUAUCGCUGCUUUCUCAACAAGUUUUGUGGUUUCAUACAUCAUGUGCUUGUUGGGACUCAUGACUAUUCUAUACGUGAAUCCUUACUGGAGGAGGAUGUGGUUUGAUUUCAUUGAAGUGCGAAUUCGUUCUUGCUAUCACUUUAUUACCAAUGUUCUGAAGUAGAGGAAUAUAUUAAUUAA